GUUUCUGUGCGUGUGCGUGUGCGUGUGUAAUUCGCAGCAGAUGACCACUCGAGGGGAUGGAGGUUUACUGGGCACGUGAGCCCUUUCCCGCAGACUGUACGCAACAAUUUGCGCGACACGCCGCACGGUGACUCGUGUUGUAGGUUUCUUGUCACGUCAAAGCAACAAGUGGAACAUGGUGCGUUGGUGCGAUUGCGCCCGAUAAAGAGGACGCGAAUGCCGCACCAGUGCCACCAGCGCAGUGGGGAUGGAUACCGGCUAUUUCCCGGCGAGGAUUUGCGUGCUUCUGCUCUCCCUCGGCGGUUUCGCCUCCUCCGGAGUUUGUCCCGACCGCUGUGACUGCCCGCAACGGCAGCGUCUCAUGUGCUCCAACCGGGGUUUGCGCACUGUGCCCUCUCAAAGCAGCGGCGAGAAGGAGGUGCUCGUCUUUAGCCUUGGCGGCAACUUCAUUGGAAACAUCUCUGCAAUCGACCUCGGAAGGUACACCGGCUUGGUAAGGUUGGAUUUACAAUUCAAUCAAAUCCAAAACAUUCAUCCUAAAGCAUUUGAGAAUCUGUCCAAUUUGCAAGAGCUCUACUUGGGACAUAAUCACUUAUCUGACAUUCAAGAUGGGACUUUGCAACCACUGAAGAAACUGACAGUGCUUUAUGGAAAUAACAAUCACAUCAUUGAUGUAACACCAGGGCUUUUUGUCAGUUUGGACCAUCUUGUUAAACUACGGUUGGAUAGCAACGCUAUAAAAAGCCUGCAGGAGUCAGCAUUUAAAAACUUGGACAAUCUGCGUUAUCUUCAUCUGGAGUCCAAUCAACUGCAUCACCUUCACAGAAAUGCCUUUUCCGAUCUCGCCAACCUGCGCUUUCUCAAUUUGGCCGACAAUAAGCAGUCAGUCCUGCGUGGUGCCCUCACCUUUUCCCAUCUCACAUCUUUGACAACUUUACUGCUGUCUGAAAAUGAAAUCCAACAUGUCGGGAAUAAAGUUUUCCAUAAUCUAAAAAAACUGUCCAAAUUAUCUCUCAGCAAUAACAAGAUUUCUCAUCUCCACAGUGGGGCUCUGCUUGGUUUGUCAAGCCUUAAGCAGUUCCUGAUAGACGGGAAUGAGCUGGUUGAGAUCCCAGCCGGGCUUUUGGACCCUCUGGAGCUCGUGGAGCAUUUGGACUUUAGUCGCAACCGGAUCGCUAAUGUUGACUCUUUCGCAUUUAUUCACCUUAAACAUCUCAGGGUUCUGAAUCUGAAGAGUAACGUCCUAACUAGCCUGUCUGGUGACACUUUCAAGCUAAAUAACUUUCUCCAUGAUGUGGAUCUCCAUGGCAACAACUGGACCUGUGAUUGUCGCCUGGAGGAGCUGCAAAGAUGGAUGUCUGCAGCACGUACUCAGGGCAAACUGUUGGAUGUGUUUGUACGGUGUCACCACCCAGCAACCCUGAGAGGGAGCUCCUUGGAACAUGUGAACAGUUCCCAGUUACAGUCCUUUGGGAACUGGAGCAAUUUGUGUGGGAGCCACGCUGAACUCGAGGAGAGCCGGGAGGGGAAGACGUGGGUUAAGACGAAGGGUGACGUUUGGCAGGAAGAAAGAGGAAGGGAGGAGCCAAUACAACCACAAAAGCGGGAUGAGAGGGUGGAGAGAAAAGAAGGGAAGGGACAGGUGGGGAUACAACGAGAUCAAGGGGGGACAGAGGUGCCACAAAUGGUUCAUUCAUUCAAAAAGGACUCCCUCAGGUCCAAGUCACCAACGGACGCACUUAGAAAACGUGCCAAAGUUGGGGAGAAACUUUCCAGAACGCAAUCAGAGAAGGACAUUCGCUCACCAAGUGACGCUGCGACCCAGGAGCUCGUCCCCGCUACUCCCAUCCCAUCAGGAGAAAGAUUCGAUCUUCUAAGGACAGACCACGAUGGGGUUCCACCUCCCAUCACCGAUCCGUGUGUGUUCAACCGCUAUUUCAUCACAAAUGUGUCAGCGGACCAGGUCACGAGCAGUACCGUCACGGUCUAUUGGGCCACACCAGAACUCAGUCCAGUCCCGGACGAGGUCAACUACCGGAUUUUGUUCGACCGGUUUGGGACAGUCGACCGGUUCCCGCGUUACGUGUACACCCCCGGCUCAGCCCGGUCCGUGAUCUUGCGGGACCUCCGCCCCGACGUCACCUACAUGGUGUGCGUGGAAGGCGUGGUUUCCGGUUCUGUGUGUCAAGUGGCUCCCCGUGACCACUGCUCAGGUCUGGUCACUCUUUCCGAGGACUCGAUCCCGACCUCCAACCUCCAGCUGGUGACGGUGCUGACGCUGGCCGGGAACGCCGCGCUGCUUCUCGUCUCGGGAUCGGUCUGGCUGGGACGGAGUCUCAACAAGAGGUUGCAGAGGAGGAAGUCGGCGGUUCACGUGCGACACAUUUACUCCACCAGGCGACCUUUUCGGGCCAACGCGGCGAACACAUCUGCGUCCACUGACUUUACCAGCUACCACAGCAGUCGCCCGGCCCGACUGGUCCCACCAGAACUGGGAGACCUCAUCGAGUUCCCUUGUGAUCGCUUUCAGGAUACCGGUUCCUCUCGCAGAGACACUGACCUGCCCAGAUUCUCUGACUAGGGAUACAAAGAGGUGGACAAUUUCCGAUAAAUUUUAGUGAAGUUCCUGGUAAAUUUCCAUAGGAAGUUAAGAUGGGAAAUUUGGGAAAUAUUCUAAAUCGGAAACUUUCCAUGUGAAUUGACGGGCUUUAACCGGGAGCUAGGAUAGCCAUUUACGUACCUCGCUUCCAUUUUUGUUUUAAAAACCAUUUUAGCUGCGUUAAUGCAAAUAUAAUGAAACUUUCAGGGGCGUUGUGUUACUUCCGCUCUUUAAAUAUAUCAAUAGUAUGCUGUUCACAUCAAAUUGUACUGUUUGGCUCUUGGCCACGUUUGUCCAAUUGAAACCUAUAUGAAAGGGAUAUUUUUUCAUUCCUUGAUGAAUCAAUCAUACAGUCUGGUUGAAAUGGGUUUCAUUUUAGACUCAACACAGAUUUUUUUUUAAAGAAUGUUUUCUACCAAAUUACACAAUGUAUCCAAUUUUGGACAAGGGAGCAAUUUCAUUUAAUAUUCAAAUUUCCCGAAAGAGGCGUUCAAUAGCUUACUGCCCAACAAUGGCGCAAAUGAAUGACACAAUUUCGAUACCAUUUGCUGACCAUCGAGAAGAAUUACAUCUUCGUUUAACAAGGAGAAGCUCUGUAGCAAGACUGUACUAUUCGCAAUACAGACAAUACAGACAAAAAAGGUGGAACUCAGAAUAUAUGAAAAUGUCAUGUUUACAACCUUGGAAUUGUAAAAAAAAAAAAAACCUGGAAUUUGAAGCAUGCAACAAUAAAACAAAAUGAUGCCCAAUGACAAGAACUGAUAAAAACUUAAUGCAGCCACAAAAAAAAAAGUAAAACAAUCUGAAAAAUUAUGAACAAUGUCAGUGGGUGGACAAAAAUGGCCACAAACAAGCUGAAAGGGCAUGACAAAUUCAUCUUUAGACUUAUUAAGAACCCAUUUUUUUUUUCUAUUAACAAUGAAGGAACAAUUGUACCGCUUAGUCAUCAGGGUCCCUUCAAAGCUCAGAGGAAGACAAAGUCCUCCAACAUACACAUCCUCUUCUCGUCUUGUUCCUUUCAUUUCCUCCCACCUGCAAGUGCUUUCACAUGUGCUUUUGUUUUGAAAUGUUUUGAACGCAAGUGUGAAUGCAUGAAUGAUGGAUCGCUGAUUUCAACUGUGGUGCUAGUUUUGACUUUUACAGACAUCCUAAUGUCUAUUUGUACAGUUCCACAUUUUCUAUCAUGUUUUAUACUUUUGUAAGGGAUCAUAAUAUCAUUUUUGUCCUCUGGGUUUAUGG